AUGGCCGCGGUACAACCAGCUCAAGGCAUUCCUCAGCAGCAGCAGGGGGCGAAUGUCAACAAUGGCGCACAGAAUGCCAAUGGGAUCCUGCCGCCUGGCAUGACCAAGGAGCAGGUGCAGGUCCUGUACAAGAAAUACCAGGCGAUGAAGGCGAGUGGAGUGUCUGAGACCGACCCGGAACUCAUGAAAGCGCGGGCUGUGCUGCAGUCGAUACAACAGCGUACGGAAGUGGUCAAGAGGCAGCAGGCUUGGCGUCAACAACAGCUGAAGCAGCAGCAACAGGCGGCUCUUCAAGCACAGAAUGCUAGUAUGAAUGCGGCAUCGCAGCAAGGUACCAACGCCACGCCGACGACCGAGACCGACCAGACCGUCUCGGCACAAGCAAAUGGUGCCUCUGGGGUCACGAACGGCCAAGAGCAUACCGUUGCUGCGACACCUGUGCAAGCUGAUGGCUCGAGCGAGGCCCCCUUCAACAAGGAUCAGAUCAGGACUCUCAAGGCUCAGAUGCAAGCUUUCGGCCACUUGCAGAAGAACAUGCCUAUCCCCCAAAACGUCCAGGACAUGAUCUUUCAGUCAAAACAGGAUCAGAAGCCUGUAAGCCCGGGCGCAGCUGUUGCUGCUGCUGGGAAGGUACUUGACGAUGUAGCCAAGGGAAAGGCGACUACGAAUCUCAUGCCCGAUGGCAAGCCUCGCCACCGUUUCGAGACUUUCACCGACCCGCACUCUCUCAUGGUCAAGCAUAUAAGCUAUGCGGAUCAUACGCACCGUCCAUAUCGAUCUAUCAUCCCAAGCUUCAUGCCUAUCGGUGUUGAUCCAGAGCGUGUUCGCGAGGAGCGUGAGAACAUCGUCUACAACCGCGUACUAGCACGGAGGAACGAGCUCGGGAAGAUGAGCGCUAACAUGGGUGCGUGGGAUGUCACCAAGUCUGAUGUGCCACAGGACAACGCGAACCUCAAGCUGAGGGCACUCAUCGAGUACAAGAUGCUAGCUCUCCUUCCCAAGCAGCGCGAGCUGCGGCAGAAAGUUGGCAAGGAGAUGAUGAACUCAGACAACCUCUCCAUGACUGCCAACCGAGCAAUGUACCGACGUGUCAAGAAGCAGUCUCUUCGUGAAGCGCGUGUGACCGAGAAGCUUGAGAAGCAACAACGUGAUGCAGCCGAGAACAAGGAGAAGAAGAAGCACAACGAUUUUGUCAAUUCUAUCGUGCGCCACGCAGAAGACAUGCGUAAUGCAGCCCAGCAACAUCGCGCUCGGAACCUCAAGCUUGGUCGUCUCAUGGUGCAGACACACGCCAACAUCGAGAAAGAAGAGCAGAAGCGGAUCGAGCGCACAGCCAAGCAGCGUCUCCAAGCUCUCAAGGCCAACGAUGAAGAGACUUACCUCAAAUUGCUUGGUCAAGCUAAGGAUAGUCGUAUCUCGCACUUGCUCAAGCAGACUGAUGGUUUCUUGAACCAGCUCGCCACCUCCGUCAAGGAGCAGCAGAGGUCGAUGUCGCGGCGGUUUGGUGCUGCCGAAGCGCCCGAGGAGCCAGAGGAAGAGGACCCGGAACCGGACUCAGAAGAUGAGAGCAAGCCGAAAGUCGAUUACUACGAGGUCGCUCACAAGAUCAAGGAAGAGGUGCACGUGCAGUCCUCGAAUCUGGUUGGCGGUAUGCUGAAGGAGUACCAAGUCAAGGGUCUGCAGUGGAUGAUUUCGCUGUACAACAACAAUCUGAAUGGUAUCUUGGCCGAUGAAAUGGGUUUGGGCAAGACAAUUCAGACCAUCUCCCUCAUCACGUACCUCAUCGAGAAGAAGCGACAACAUGGUCCUUACUUGGUAAUCGUGCCGCUCUCUACUCUCACGAACUGGAACAGCGAAUUCGAGAAGUGGGCUCCCAGUGUGCAGCGGAUCGUGUACAAGGGUCCUCCAAAUCAGCGCAAGAACUUCGCGCAGCAGAUUCGAUACGGCAACUUCCAGGUCCUCCUCACGACAUACGAGUUCAUCAUCAAGGAUCGCCCAAUUCUUAGCAAGAUCAAGUGGCUGCACAUGAUUGUGGACGAAGGUCAUCGUAUGAAGAACGCCGGUUCGAAGUUGUCAAGCACGAUAACGCAGUACUACCACACACGCUAUCGCCUUAUCUUGACUGGUACACCUCUCCAGAACAACCUACCGGAGCUGUGGGCGCUGCUCAAUUUCGUACUACCCAACAUCUUCAAGUCCGUCAAGUCUUUCGACGAGUGGUUCAACACUCCGUUCGCAAACACUGGUAACCAAGACUCGAUGUCGCUGUCGGAAGAAGAGUCGCUGCUCGUCAUCAGGCGUCUUCACAAAGUUCUGCGGCCUUUCUUGCUCCGUCGCCUGAAGAAGGACGUCGAGAAGGAUCUUCCAGACAAGCAGGAACGUGUCGUCAAAUGCAACUUCUCCGCUCUGCAGAAGAAGCUGUACCAGCAAUUGCUCACACACAACAGGAUGUUCGUAUCCGACAAGGAUGGCAAGAAAGCUGGCAUGCGCGGUCUUUCCAACAUGCUCAUGCAAUUGCGCAAACUCUGUAACCACCCCUUCGUUUUUGAGGAAGUAGAGGACCAGAUGAACCCUGCGAGACUGACCAACGAUCUCAUCUGGCGUACGGCUGGCAAGUUCGAGCUUCUUGAUCGUGUGCUACCGAAGUUCCAGGCUACCGGUCACAGAGUGCUUAUGUUCUUUCAGAUGACGCAAAUCAUGAAUAUCAUGGAGGACUAUAUGCGUUUCCGUGGAAUGACAUAUCUUCGUCUUGAUGGUUCGACCAAGGCAGAUGAUCGGUCUGAGCUGCUGAAGGAGUUCAACAAGCCUGAUUCGCCUUACUUCUGCUUCUUGCUUUCGACUCGUGCUGGUGGGUUAGGCUUGAAUCUGCAGUCGGCCGAUACUGUCAUCAUCUACGACUCCGACUGGAAUCCGCAUCAAGAUCUACAGGCUCAGGAUCGUGCCCAUCGUAUUGGUCAGAAGAAUGAGGUGCGGAUCCUGCGACUCAUCAGCUCCAACUCCGUUGAAGAGAAGAUCCUCGAGCGGGCACAGUACAAGCUCGAUAUGGACGGCAAGGUCAUCCAGGCUGGUAAAUUCGAUAACAAGUCUACGAACGAGGAGCGUGAUGAGAUGUUGCGUGUUAUGCUUGAGACCGCAGAGGCGGCCGAGGCAUUCGAGCAGGAUGAGAUGGAUGACGACGACCUCAAUCUGAUUAUGGCGCGUAGCGAUGGGGAGCUCGAGCUUUUCGCACAGAUGGACGCGGAUCGUACGGCGAACCAGCGAUACGGACCUGACAAGAAAUUACCUCGUUUACUUGGCGAGAGUGAGCUGCCGGACAUUUACAUGCAAGAAGAUAAUCCUGUUGAGGAGAAGGAGGACAAGUUCAACUUUGGUCGUGGUGCGCGCGAGCGCACGAAGGUCAAGUAUGAUGAUGGUCUUACUGAGGAACAGUGGCUUGAUGCCGUCGAUGCGGACGACGACACUAUUGAGGAUGCGACCAAGCGGAAACAAGAUCGUAUUGCCCGGCGUGCAGCGAAGAAGGAGUCCAGACUGCGUGGCGAGUUCGAUCUGGGUGAUUCGCCUCCUGCUUCGCGAGACAGUUCCGAGGAGCCGGCACCCAAGAAGCGUGGGCGGAAACCUGCCAAGGCGCCGGAGAAACGCAAGGCGGACGAGGCAUCGCUCGAUGGCGUCGAGGCACCGCCGAAGAAACGUGGGCGCCAGUCCAAGGUCGCGGAGACGUUGAGCAGGCAGGAGCGCGACACGAUCCAGAAGAUCAUGGACAGUGUGCACGACGCUCUGCAAGAUCUCGAGGUCACAUCGGAGGAUCCUGAUGUUCCGCCUCGAGGCAUCAUCGAUCCUUUCUUGGAUUUGCCGCCUAGAGCAAGCUAUCCGGAUUACUACCAACUCAUCGUUAAGCCGAUCGCGAUGAAGCAGAUUGAGAAGAAGAUCAAUCAGAAGCAGUAUCAGAGUCUACGGGAAUUCAGGCAGGAUAUCGGCCUGCUCUGCAAUAAUUGUCGGCAGUAUAAUGAGGAUGGGAGUGUGCUUUAUAAUGAUGCUCAUAUGAUUGAGCGCGCCUGCCUCGACAAACUUCGCGAGGAAACCGCCGCACACCCCGGACUCCAAGACUUUGACGAAGCAAGCGUGGAUGGUACUUCGACGCGCCCGAUCUCGAGCGUCAGUACGCCGCAGCCGCCGCAGAAGUCGGGCUUCAAGCUUAAGCUUAAUGGGCGAGGUGCGAAUGGUCAUAGUUCGAGGGGCGGCACGGAGAGUCUGGUGCCCAGUGAUGAAGAGUAG